AUGUCAGGUGCCCCGCGCCCCACCCAGGGCGGGCAAUCUGUCUUUGAGCAAAUGUACUACCAGCAACAACAGCAACAACAGCUGCAGCAGCAGCAGCAGGUGAUGCAGCAGCCACUGUAUGAUCAGCAACCUGUCAAUGCGCAGCAACAACUACAGUACCCAACACCGCCUUCUCCGUAUCCACAGCAAUACGGUCAAAAUUCAGCACAGCAGCUGUACGCGGCCCCAUAUACGCCAAUGCCACCGCCCCCACCUCCACCGCCUUAUGCUGCACCUCAGCAGGACAACGAUUAUUACAAGGGUUUCUAUGAUGGUGUGAUAAAGCCCUCAGGUCCUGUUGUCGGGAGCGCUGUCAGCUGGCUUGCACCUCUCUUUGUCAAUCUCGCCCUCUUCGUUGGCCCCCUCUGGUAUAUGCGGCGGAAGUACUUGCAGGCUCUGGGACAGACAAAGGCCAAUGAUGCGGCAAAGAAGAACCCGAUGAUGGGGGGACUAAUGGAUAUGAUGAACCCCAUGAAGUCUAAGAAUUACCGCGUGGAAGUCAAGGGCAUCACCUUCUCCGAGGUUAUUGGGAUUCCCGAGGCAAAGGAGGACCUGAAGCAGUACGUUGACUUCCUUAAAGAGCCAAAGAAAUUCACUCGCCUUGGUGCUAGACUUCCAAAGGGCUGUCUUCUGACCGGACAACCGGGAACAGGUAAGACGUUAUUGGCCCGCGCUGUCGCUGGUGAGGCGAGCACACCUUUCUUGAGCUGCUCUGGUGCAGACUUUAUCGAGAUAUUUGGUGGCAGUGGGCCGAAGCGCGUCCGUGAGCUCUUUGCACAGGCCAAAGAAGCCGCACCGUGCGUCGUCUUCAUUGAUGAAAUCGAUGCCAUAGGGUCCCGCAACCAAGGUGGCCGAAGCAUGGGUGGCGGCGGAAGCAGUGAGGAGAACCGCACUGUAAACCAGUUAUUGGCUGAGCUCGAUGGUCUAAGCAGCAAAGAGGCGAUUGUGGUGAUCGCCGCUACCAAUUACCCUGAGGCUAUCGACAAGGCUCUACUUCGCGAGGGGCGCUUUGACCGCAAGGUCAAUAUUCCCAUGCCGGACAGGGAAGCGCGUCAAGAGCUUUUUGAGUUCUACCUAAACCGCAUUAUCACAGGUGAUCCCUCGUGCAAGCCAAAGGUGCAGGUCUUUCGCACGCGGAAGGAGGGUGAGGGUGGCGAGGCUGAUUCAACCUCGCCUAGAGACAAACAGACAGUGGAAAAUGCAUCUGCUGUAGAGAAAAAGCCUGUUAUUGAGGAGAAGCCGAUUGAGGUCAAGGUCGUCCCAGGUGUCAGCAACAAGGAGUACGCUGCGCAGUUGGCUGAUCGUACCCCGGGUGUCUCGCCCGCGCAAAUUUCGACAAUUGUAAACGAAGCCGCUUUAACAUCUGCUGUGGCGGAAGAAGAGGUUGUUCCGUUAAAGACGCUUCAGGACAGCAUAGAUGACGUUCUGAUUGGUAAGAAACAUCGACAGCGAAUGAGCGACGCCUCGCUCCAGCGAACGGCUUAUCACGAAGUCGGUCACGCCAUCAUGGCGUGGACGUCGCCUCUGCAGAAGGAUGUUGUGAAGAUCUCUAUCAUUCCGCGUGGGAGGGCUGGCGGCUACACACAGCAGGUGCAGGAUGAGGCCCUGGAGCCCCGCACUGAUGUAUUCCUCUUUUCGCAACUCUGCGUGCUGAUGGGGGGUCGUGUUGCGGAGCGUAUAUUCAUGAAGGAUAUUUCAACAGGUGCCAUGGAUGAUCUUCAGCGGGCCACUCGCAUCGCAUUGGAGAAACUUCUUUUGUACGGCAUGUCCAAGUCUAUAGGCCAACUAGCGUUCAAGCCGAACGAUCGUAAUGAGGGGCGUGCGUGGAUGAACUUUUCAGAAGACCUACACGCGAAGGUGGAGGAAGAGGCCCGUCAGCUUGUUGCGGCGGCGUACAAGCACACAGAGAAGACCCUGCUGGAGAAGAAGGAUCUCCACGAGAAGCUCACAAUGCUGCUACUCGAGAAAAAAGAGCUGAUGAAGGACGACAUUGAACGCAUACUUGGCCCCCGCCCUGUAGAAGCACCAUCAAAGUAA